GAGCGAGGAGCUCCGUCAGAGAGACGUGAAGAGACCGAUGAUGGAUGAGAUACUCGGGUUCUGCAGCAGCGACUCCGUCUUACUUGAAUCUUUUCUUUUAAUGACCCGUCCUGCUGCACUACAGUUCAUCUUCACAUCUCAAGAGUUUAUAUAUUAUGUUGGGAAUCGACCCAAAAGUUUGUGCAAGUGGAGCAGAAAUGAUCAGAUUAAUCAACAGAUUGAUUGGACAGUCUGUUGGAAACUGAGCUGAGGUGAAGCGCUCCUCAGGUUUAACCUCCAGGUGAGCCCCGGGCUCCACACUGAGUGCUAGCCAUGUUGCGCCAGACCGAGCCGACCACCAGCACGCUGCAGCUGGUGGCCAACGACAUGACCGGCAUCAUGGAGAAGUUGGACACCCGCGAGCUCGACCUGGAGGACGGAGAGUACGACAUCACCGACUCCAACGCUGCAGCGGAGCGUUUGCCUCUGACGGCGAUCUACCACACGGUGGGUUUCAAGGAGCCCACAGCCAAAGUCUUCCUGUCCUCUCCGAUCACCGCCAAGAUCCUGGAGGUGGAGCGGUUCACCUCGGCCCAGGACCGCUUCAACGUCUCCAACCAGAGGAGCGUCAGCAAGUCGAUGCCGGCGGUGUUUAAGAUCGAGUUGAAGCACGGAGAGUUUACAUGGCUGGUGAAGAGGAAGGAGAAACACUUCAUGGAUCUCCACAGAGACCUGAGGACCUACAAGACCUUCAUGAGGCUGCCGCUGCCGUCACGCAGUCACACGGUGAAAAGGCAGACGGUGACGAGGAGCGAGGUGAGGCAGAUGCCGAACCUCCCCAGAGGAGGAGGAGACGAACUGGGCCGAGAGGAGCAAGUUUCCAGUCGCAGGAAACAACUUGAAGAUUACUUGAAUAACCUUCUAAAGAUGCCGAUGUACAGGAACUACCACGCGACGAUGGAGUUCAUCGAUGUUAGCCAGCUGUCCUUCAUCCAUGACCUGGGACCAAAAGGCCUAGAAGGGAUGGUGCAGAAGAGGUCCGGCGGCCAUCGAAUCCCCGGGAUGAACUGCUGUGGUCGCAGCAAAAUGUGCUACCACUGGUCCAAACGCUGGCUGGUGGUGAAGGACUCGUUCCUGCUGUACAUGAAGCCCGACUCGGGCGCCAUCUCCUUCGUGAUGCUGGUGGACAAAGAGUUCAACAUCAAGAUGGACUCCAAAGACACGGAGACCAAACAUGGCGUCCGCAUCGACAGCCUGUCCAGGUCGUUGGUGCUGAAGUGCAGCAGCUACAGACACGCCCGCUGGUGGGGUCAGGCCAUCGAGGGCUUCGUCCAGAAGCACGGCUCGGCCUUCCUCACCGACCACCGCUUCGGAUCCUUCGCCAGGCAGGAAGUGAACAUCCCUGCCAAAUGGUAUGUGAAUGGGAAAACAUACAUGGAGGACGUUGCUGAUGCUCUUGAAGAAGCCAAAGAGGAAAUAUUCAUCACAGACUGGUGGCUGAGUCCAGAGAUCUUCCUGAAGAGGCCUGUUGUCGAGGGCAACCGCUGGCGCCUGGACAACGUGCUGCGACGUAAAGCGCAACAAGGAGUGCGGAUCUUCGUGAUGCUGUACAAGGAGGUGGAGUUGGCGCUGGGCAUCAACUCAGGAUACAGCAAGAGAACGCUGCUGCACCUGCACCCCAACAUCAAGGUGAUGCGUCACCCGGACCACGUCUCCUCCGCCGUCUACCUGUGGGCGCAUCACGAGAAGAUCAUCGUCAUCGACCAAUCGGUGGCCUUCGUCGGUGGGAUCGACCUGGCGUACGGUCGCUGGGACGACAGGGAGCACCGGCUGACGGACGUUGGGAGUGUCACACUGUCACACAUGGAGCAGGCUGGAUCGGCCUCCGCCAACAUGGCGUCCCCGUCCAACGGCCGCGGCGCCGCUCCUCAGACCAACGGGAAGGGAAUCUUCACGGUGACGGACUCGUUGGACCAGCCCAAGCUGAAAGGACAGGGGAGGACAAAGAGGACGAGGUUCAGCAUCAGGAGACACCUGCAGAAACACGGGCUCGCCCACGCCGACAGCGACAGCGACCUGGAGAGCGACGAGAGAAGCGGUUCUGUUCGCAGUCUGCAGACGGGAGUCGGAGAGUUGUUCGGGAACACGCGGUUCUGGCACGGAAAAGAUUACUGCAACUUCGUGCACAAGGACUGGAUCCAGCUGGACAAACCAUUCGAUGAUUUCAUAGACAGACACACGACUCCCAGAAUGCCUUGGCACGACAUCGCCUCCGUGGUUCAUGGGAAGGCGGCUCGAGAUGUGGCGAGACAUUUCAUCCAGCGGUGGAACUUCACCAAGCUCGUGAAGCCGAAGUACCGCUCCAUGUCGUACCCGUGUCUGCUGCCCAAGUCUCACACCACCGCCGGAGAGCAGCGAUACCAAGUCCCAAACUGCGUCCCGGCCAAAGUGCAGAUCCUUCGCUCGGCCUCUGAUUGGUCGGCCGGCAUCAAAUACCACGAGGAGUCGAUCCACAACGCCUACGUGCACGUCAUCGAGAACAGCCAGCACUUCGUCUACAUCGAGAAUCAGUUCUUCAUCAGCUGUGCAGACAACAGACACGUUUUCAACAAGAUAGGAGACGCCAUCGCUGAACGCAUCAUCAAAGCAUACAGGGAGGGUAAGAGGUACCGAGUGUACGUGGUGACGCCUCUGCUGCCGGGCUUCGAAGGAGACAUCAACACUGGAGGAGGCAGCGCCAUCCAGGCCGUCAUGCACUUCAACUACAGGACCAUGAACAGAGGAGACCACGCCAUCAUCUCGCAGCUCCGGAGAGAGAUGGGAGAUCAGUGGAUCAACUACAUCUCCAUCGCCGGUCUGAGGACUCACGCUGACCUGGAGGGGAAGCUGGUCACCGAGCUCAUCUACGUCCACAGCAAGAUGCUCAUCGCCGACGACAACACCGUCAUCAUCGGUUCUGCCAACAUCAACGACCGGAGCAUGCUGGGAAAGAGGGACAGCGAGGUGGCGGUGAUCGUGGAGGACUCGGAGAUGGUGACGGCGGUGAUGGACGGGCAGCAGUACCAGGCUGGGAAAUACGCCCUGCAGCUCCGGCUCGAGUGCUUCAAGACCAUCCUGGGCGGUCACACCGAUCCCUCCAUCGACGUGUCCGAUCCAGUCAGCGACCACUUCUACAAGGAGGUGUGGAUGACCACCUGCGCCCGCAACGCCACCAUUUACCAGAGGGUGUUCCGCUGUCUGCCGUCCAGCGACGUCCGUAACAUCCUGGAGCUGGAGGGCUACCUCGCCAAGCAGGGCCUGGACAAGGAGGACCCGGCCCGGGCUCACGAGGAGCUGAAGAAGAUCCGCGGCUUCCUCGUCCAGUUUCCUCUCCAGUUCCUGUGCGAGCAGAACCUGCUUCCUCCCAUCGGCUCCAAGGAGGCCAUGGUGCCCAUGGAGGUCUGGACCUGAGCCGGAGAGACUCACUCAGGCAGCAUGUGGAGGGCUGACAGAGCGCGGAGGCCCCGGCUGCUGCCAUGUUGGAGGGAAACUGCUGCACAGCCUUCAAAAAACAUAAUAAUAUUGAUGAUAAUAUCUGACUUGUGUAGUCACAUGUCGUCUGAACAGAACCUCAGAGUCCACGUCUCACCAACAACAACAACACGGUGCUGAACUGCAGAGUGAAACAUCAGAGCAGAGAAGUUCGUUUGAAAGAGCUGCGGAGAUAAAAGCUGCACCUGUGGUUGGAAUAUGCAAAUAACCAAACUUUUAUCUCAGUUGUCAUAUGAAAAUACGUAGAAACAGCCGGGAUCAGCUGAUGUUCUUAAAGGAACAGUUCACCCUAAAAUGUAAAUCCAGUCAUUAGUGUCCUCUGCCGGAGUACGAGACAGUUCUCUCUUCUGUUAGCAGCAUUAGCGUCCAGAGCGACCUCCAAAAUGGCGGCAGCGAGCAAAGCCUCUGUACCAGCAGUGCCACUGGACACACACACACACACACACACACACACACACUCAUGUACAUACAAACAUGGAGGGCAGCCGACCAGCAGCCGGAGCGUUGAACUCUUCAGUGCCUCACACUCGGCCUCGUGUUUACAAGACAAAGAAAGACUAAAAUGGACGUCACCACCGAGCGAUCGCUCGAUACUCUCCUUUAUUUUUAAACGGCUCGCUCCUUCAUUCUCUAGAGAAACACUAUGCAACGUCCCGGGCCGGCGAACGCAGCUCUGACUGUUCUGUGCGGAGAGAAAAAGACACUAAAGACUCGGCGGUGCAGAAGACGGGAUCAUAUCUCUGAACUCCUGCUUUUAAUAUUUAUGUCAAAACGAGAAAUCACAAGUGCCAAACACGACGGAAACACUCAUUCACAUUCCUCAUGCUGUGGAUUCUACAUGACGCCUUAAGUGACCUGGACUUCAGGGCUCGUUCAGCGCUCCAUCAGAACGUCCCCGAGGUUCUGAACAGGUGAUUCACCUUCCAGGAGGAGUGACGGACUUUGACUGAAGCGCUGCCGCUCUGUUUAUGAACUACUCGUUCACGCAUGAUGAGUUCUUUACAAUGCUGCGUUUCAGUGUCAGAGGGUGGGAAGUUCUCAAGAAAGCUGAUUAUUAACAGACGGUAUUUGGUUUGUGAGGUGAAGUUUUAGUGUCACGUCUUCAGCUCCUGGAUGUUUCUGUGCAUUUAAAGCAUCACUAAUCGGUUUGUUGGCUAGUUGGGUGCAGCAGAACAACCUGAAAACACACAUUUCCACCACACUUGGAUGGACGACCGGUCUCAGAUGAGAUUGGAGCCCAUUUACCUUCUGGCGUAACGGGACGGAUCCUGGAACCUUUUUCUCGCGUUCUUUAAUGUUACGAGAUCGGAUGUCUUUCCAUACUUUUGUUAAUUUUUCAGGGAACAGUGUAGGGACGUGAAAAUAAUCGGGUGUCUUUCUCUGGCUGGUGAGUACGAUUUGACGCAGAUCAGAACUUUUUUUCUUUCACCUCAUUCUUGAAUGUUUUAGCUCCGCUUUUGGUCUCCACCACCUCCUGAAGUAAAUAUCUGCCUCUUUAGCUGCUAAUCGCUCCUCUGAAUUCACCAGCUCUUCUCUCAGUGUCUCUGUUUGCUGUUGGCUUCUGAGCUGAUGGAGUUCAGGAAGUUUUUAAAGGCUUUUGUCCGGCUACACCUGGAAACAGCGCUGACACACAAACCAACGCGCUUUAAAACUAAAAGACACAUCUUUACAUGAAUGCUAACUUCUGAAUUAUUCUGUUGUUGGCGCUGGUGUUGCAAAGACAACUGGAUCAUUUCUGAUUUCCUCAGAGUCGCAAAUAACAACAACACAGAGCACAACAAGACUUUACUCAGUCAUGUCGUCUGUGAUGGAGACGCAGAUCGUCCUCGUAGACUUCGUGAUGAAGAGCAGAGUGGAAGUGAAAAUUAUUGGGGAACCGAUCUCAAACACAAAUGUUUAUUUUUCUGUAGCCAUCGCGUUGUGCAGUCAGUCCUCAGAAGAGGAUUCGGGCCUCUGGCAUGUUUAUUUUGACGGUUCUGACUUAUUUUCUAGAAGAAAAAAAAAGUCUAAAUAAUGAGAAUAAAGUCAGAACUCAGUUUCUGUUUUGUGUCUUCAGUGGUUCUGAUCCUCUCAGUAACCUCAUGACACCUUAAAUCAAAAGACUUUGUUUCUGCUGCCCCCAAGUGGCCCAAAGCUCAGUUUACUGCAGGUUAAAGAUACUGAUGAGUGCAGAUAGUCGUCAAAUCGACGGUCUGCAUUGUAACUCCAACAUCAGAUCAUCAGUUGUCUCUGGAUUUUCCCAUUUUCUGAUAUUCCUGAAACGCAGCGUCAGUGUUCCUCAGUGUCUUCCUCGUUGGUCUGUGAUCUGCAUGACACUGUUCUGUGCUGUAACUCUUGAAUCCUGUAUCCUGACAGCAUGACAGCAGCUCGUUGCCAUUAAAACAGAUAAAAGCAUGAA